CAAUCUAUUGAUAAAGGUACAAAGUUCCAAAGAGACUUAACAUAUUUUCAAAAAAUUUAAAAUAUUUUAUCUUUAAUGAGAUUUUGGUAGUUAAUGACGGUAUUUUAAAUUUUUUUGGAACUGAAAAUUAAACUGAAAAUGAGUGCAAUAAAGCUGGCAUUUAAUUCAUGGCCAAUGAGCAGAAACUUAUUUAAUUACGCUAGAUCUAAUGUCAAUAAAGUAAAAUACCAAUCUACAAAGUCUGGCGGAUUAGUUUUAAUUGACGUAAAUGAUAAGACUGGAUAUGCUCUUGUCACAUUAAAUAGUCCUCCGGUCAAUAGCCUUAACUUAGAGCUGCUGACAGCAUUUUCAAAUGCAUUGGAUGAAGUCAAAAACAAUAAGUCUAAAGGAAUGAUACUCACUAGUUCAUCGCCAACAGUGUUUACAGCUGGUUUGGAUAUCAACGAAAUGUAUAAACCUGACUACGCUCGAGCUAGAAAAUUCUGGAGUUCUCUGCAGGACUGUUGGUUGAAAUUGUAUGGAUCAUCUUUCCCUACUGCUGCAGCUAUUAACGGUCACAGCCCCGCUGGAGGAUGUCUGUUUGCUAUGUGUUGCGAGUACCGUGUAAUGCUACCAAAAUAUACGAUAGGCUUAAAUGAGACAAAACUUGGAAUCGUAGCACCAGCAUGGUUUAUGGCUUCAAUGAAGAACACGAUUCCCAUAAGAAAAGCAGAAAUGGCAUUGACAUUAGGAACACUGUUCAGUACAGAGGAAGCCUUAAAACUUGGUUUAGUGGAUGAAAUUGCAAAAGAUAAGGCAGAAGCGAUUGCCAAGUGUGAAGCAUUUCUUAAAAGAUAUGAGAAAAUUCCACAAAUGGCACGUGGGGCUACUAAACAAUUAUACAGACAACAAGACAUUAAGGAACUUGAGAGCAGCAGAGGAGCUGAUGUUGAGCUGUUCAUAACUACAAUUAAAAAUGAUAAAAUUCAGACUUCACUAGGACGCUAUAUUGCAUUUUUAAAAUGGAAGAAGAGAUUAAAGCCUUUAAUACAAUUCGUGUCAUAUGUAACAAGACUUGUAAAGCCACAAAAGAAGAAGAAGACAACAACAACGUAGGAAAGAAGAGAUAAUAAUGUAUGUAGGGGCUUUCGGAUAUUAUGUAACGCAUAGGACUGUUAUAUUUAUGUUGAAUCAGCAGUGGAAAGGAUUCAAUUUAAAAUGUUUCCCCUAUUAAAAUUUAUGAACCCCCCGACCCGCAAAAAUCAUUAUUUAAUAUCCAAUCAACCCCAUACAUUCACAUAUAUUCAUUUUUCUUUUGUUGAAAUUUUAACAUUAAAAGCUUUACAUGCUCAUUUCAUAUUUCAUGUUCAUUUGAAUAUUUUAUUUAAUGUCCAAAUGGAUAUAAAUAAUUGGUUCAUUAUUAAAUAAUUAAAUAAAACAUAUUAAAGAUUAACAAGGAGUCACAAAAGAUUGUCUGUUUGUUUGUUUGUUGGUUUGUGGAGAUAAUUAAGAAUAACAAACAGUUUCUCUCUUUCAAAAAUAAAUGUAAAUGACACUAAGUCAUUAAAGAGAGUGGACUACCUGACUGUGCCAUAGAUAAUAUUAAUAAACUUUCUUUUGUAUGUAUUGAAGGAAAAUAAAGGCAAU